GACGACUUCGUGGACCAGCAGCGGGACCGCCAGGAGGCGGCGGAGGCCGCCCUCAAGAAGCUCGACUCCAUCGUGGGGCUCCCGGGCGUCAAGGAUUUCGUGCGGUCCCUCCACGCGCAGCUGCAGCUGGAGCAGCAGCGCCGCGAGAUGGGCAUCGAGGCCCAGAACGGCUCCGCCACCCUGCACAUGGUCUUCGUGGGCAACCCCGGCACCGGGAAGACGACGGUCGCCCGGGUGGUGGCCGACCUCCUGAAGGCCCUGGGCCUGCUGCGCACGGGCCACCUGGUGGAAGCCGACCGCACUGCCCUGGUGGCGGGGUACAGCGGGCAGACGGCCCUGAAGACCAGGGCCGUCGUGGAGAGCGCGCUGGGGGGCGUCCUCUUCGUGGACGAG